CUGAAUUUAAAAGAAAUACUAAAACAAAUCUGCUCUUUAACUUAAAGACCAUUAGUAUGGUGUCAAUAUCGUAAGUGUUAAGUCUAGCAUCGUCAUUAAUCAAUUAUCGCCCAUCAUAUAAGUGGUCAGACAAGAUCAAGGUCUAGAAGAAUAGGCCAUGUCCAUUCUUAUAGCGGUCGUAAAAUUUCUGUUAGCACUUACACUUUGCGACGCGAUGACGAUGAAACAAAUAAAAUCAACAGGAAAGAUGAUGAGAAAAACUUGCCAACCAAAAAUUAACGUUGCAGACGAGAAAAUCGAUCCUCUAAAUGAAGGCGUCUUCAUAGAAGAAAAGGAGGUCAUGUGUUAUAUUGCUUGCAUCAUGAAAAUGGCGAAUGCGGUAAAAAACAAUAAGCUUAACUAUGAAGCGGCGAUGAAACAAGCCGAUAUAUUGUUUCCUGAAGAGAUUAAACAACCAGCUAAGGAUGCAAUAACAGCUUGCAGAAAAGUUGCGGAUUCAUACAAGGAUAUCUGUGAGGCAUCGUUCUUCGUUACGAAAUGCAUUUACAAUCAUAAUCCUGCAAUCUUUUAUUUUCCUUAAUUAUUAAACUUAUGGUAACACUACUUAUGAUUUUUCAUU